AUGAAUCGGUGGGACUCUCAUUUCUAUAACAAAGUUUGGCAGUGCGCUGUAGAGACUAAAAUGGAGAAAAGAAAAAUAAAUGAUGGUGAUAAUAUAAACAAUAAUCCCAAUAAAAAAGUUAAUAAUUUAAAUAAUAAUUUUGAUAAUAAUAAUAAUAAUAAUAAUAAUAAUAAUAAUAAUAAUAAUAAUGUAAAAAAUAUAGAUUAUCAAGAUACAGAUGCCAUGAAAACAAACAAAGUAAAACACAUCAUCGAACCAAAAAUAAAAAACCUAUUAAAUUAUGAUGAUGAUGAUGAUAAUAAUAAUAACAAUAACAAUAAUAAUAAUAAUAAUAAUAAUAAUAAUAAUAAUAAUAAUACCUCUGAAAAUUCAAUAUAUAAAAGAUUCAAAUCAAUAACCUAUUCAGAAACCAAUAUUCAAGAAAUAAAUGAUUUUGCAAAGGAAUGUGGUAUACCAACUGAAGGAGUAGAGACUAUAGAAUUGUAUAAAAGGAUUAAAAAGAAAUUAAAAUAUUUAAAUAAGAUAGAGGAAGAAGAAAGACGAAACAAUAAUUUGAAUCCUUUUAGAGAGAAUCAGCAGCUAAAAAUUACAGAUAUUAGCGUAUUAGAAAAAUUUUUUUGGUGUGUUUUUAGAAAUAAAUUUUUAUUCAAAGAGAUAUUUUCGUGGCUACAAACAAAAAUCAAUACUUAUGAAAAUCUAUAUAAAAUUUCAGAUAUUAUGAAUAACUAUAGCAAUGGGUGGGAAAUUUUAAGAGAUAAAAUCAAGGGUAACAAAUACUUAUAUUUCGGCCAUAGUUUUGCUUCAUCAAAUAUGACUCAUAUCUACAUGAAUAAAGCUUUCAAGGUAAAAUCAGAAGCCAAUAAAAUGUUUUUUACACAAUUGUACCUCAAGUACGAAUUUUUUAAAGAUCAUGAACAGUCUUUUUCCGAUCUUAUAAGAAGCGGAAACAUAUUUGCAAUGGAUAUCUAUAUAAAGGUCAAGAAAUUCCAUUAUAGUGAUGUGCAAGAAAUUAUUGCUUAUCUAGUAGAUAUCAAUCCUCUCGAUUUCAAUUUGAAGUUUUAUCAUGACUACAAAACAAUUAAUUAUCUCAUUGAUAAUAACUACUUUCCAAAGAGAACGGAUGUAAAUUACAGUUAUAUAAACUUUCUUGAUAGGUCUUUUAAAUUAAAACAUUUGAUAAAGGCAAUAAAGGUUCUUAUAAAACUCAAAUAUAAAGCUGGUGGUUUAUCUUUAAACUCAGAACACAGCGAAAAAUCUCGUGUAUAUACCCCAAUCCAAAAAAAAAGAAAAGAAAAUGUUUUCGGUGAACUUACCCAACCAGAUAGACCAUUUUACUUUUAUUUUAAAAAAAAUAAAACAUUAACUGAUCAUCUCAUAUUCACCGUUACUAGGGUAAAGAUGUACCAAUUUCAAGAGGGUGGUGAAGACUCUGAUGAAGACCCUGUUGAAGACCCUGUUGAAGCCUCUGAUGAAGACUCUGAUGAAGCCUCUGAUGAAGAAGGUGACGAAGACACUGGUGAAGUUUUAUAUGAAGGCCCUGAUGAAGAUACUGCUGAUGAAAUAUUAAAAGAAUUUUCAAAAAAUAGAGAAUCGAAAAUGAAAAAAGUAGUGGUUUAUAAUCGUCAGUUUAUUAAUGGGCUUCAAGAAUUAAAUGAAUUAUUAUCAUUUAAUUUUUCAGAUAUUCAAUUAGAUACCAGUAUUCAAGAUAAUGUAUUAUUAGAAUAUUAUUAUUCAAAUUCUUUAAAUAAUGAAGAGCUUUUAGAUAUGGAGUAUUUUAAAGGAAAUCGUGUUUUGGAUCUUUUAAAAUCGGAACAAAUAUCUACUUUGGUAAUCAAUAGUUCAAAAUAUAAAACUGUAAUCAAAGAAUUGUUUAAGCAUGUUAGAAGCAAAGAUUUUCAAAAUAGUUUCAUCUUAAGGUAUCUCCAAGAGAAGGGUCCACUAUCAGAUGAGAUAUUAGAGUACAUUUUCCACAACAACAACAUAGAUGACAUCGAAUACUUUGUAAAUUUAAGUGGAGAUCCUAUAUCCUUUUUUAACAGUAACAAAGAUAUAAUAUUACCUACAAUUCGGUCAACAAAGUUUUUGGAUCAUUUAUAUAAAAAAUAUCAAAAAGAAUUUUUUGAUAAUAAAAAUCAAUGCUGGCAAGCCAUUACCGACAGUAAAGUGCUUCAACACUAUGAAAUUCUUAUGAAGGGUUUGGGUCAUGUGUUCUAUUUGGAAGAUCAAUUUGGUGACGAAAAUUCCACUUUUUUGGCCCAUAACAUCGCAAAAGCAUUAAAAAGCCCAUAUAUUUAUGAAGUUUCACCAACAUUAAGAUUUUCAAAUUUUAAAGAAUCAUGGCAAAAGUUAAUAUGUGAAAAUAAGCAAUCACUAUUAAUUCAAAUAUUAAAAUCAUUCAAGUUUAGCAAAAUCGAUUUAACAGAUCUACUUCAUUCCGAAAACGACGAAUUGUAUAUAAAAUUCAAACCAUACAUGCUUUUAAAUUGGAUAUUAAGUUCAUAUGGUGGCCCAAAUGGUAAAGAGUACCCAAUAUUAGAUCCAGUAGAGCCCGAUGGUUUUAUUGAAGUCCACAAAGAAAUUUCAAAAGAUUAUACACUGAUUGUAGAGUUUACUUCUCAUGAUUUUUUAAUUUUUUUAUGUUUGUGUAGCCGUUUUGAUGAUGCUUUCAAUUUAGUUGGUGAUAAAGUUGAAGUAUACAAAAACAGUUUUUAUCUACUAGUAUUGAAAAAUUCAAAAGAUUUUUCCAAAGUCUUUAUUCAGUAUUAUUGCGAAAAUAAAAUCAAUCAAAAACUCUAUUUUGAAGUUCUAUUAUUUAUACUUCAACAAGAAGCAAAGAAUGGAAAUGUACCAUUUUUCAAUUUAAUAAUUUUAAAAUACCCCCAAAUUAUCAAACCCAAAGAUUCAACAGAUGGCUUCUUAAGCAUGGAUGAUUUAAUAAUCAUUGCAGAGCAUGCAGUUCAAUCAUUCGAUAUUACCCUUUUAAAUUUAUUUAAAAGUUUUAUUCCUUUUAAAGAAAAAAGAAUUAAGUAUUUUAAUGUUAUAUACGAAGAAGCAAAAACUAUAACCCGUAAGGAAUAUGAUAGUUUUUUUUCUGAAUAA